AUGAAAGGCAAAUCUGUUCACUUCUUUGUGUUGAGUGUGAUGGUGUCACAGGAGCCGCGCCUGGGCGGUGACUCAUGCCCCGCACACCUUGCUGAGUCACGAAAGAAAUACUUCGACGCCGCCCUGGAGCAGCAGCCGCCUGGUGAGGCGGGCCGGCGGUGCCCCUUCUGCCCGCGCACCUUCGCCUUCCCCAGCUACCUGCAGCGGCACAUCACCUUGCACACCGGCGAGAAGCCCUUCCGCUGUACCCGCUGCGACCAACGCUACACGCGCAGGAACUAUCUCAGGGACCACUACAGGAGGAAGCACUGUGUCAGUCCUCCCGCGGUCACAAGCUUUCGCCCGCGGGCAGCCGCGGCGCCCUAUACCUUCACACGCCUUCCUCAACCCUUGGCACCCUCCAACCAGCCACCGCCCGCGCCCGCGUUGAGAGACGGCGCCUCGCACCAUGACAACGAGGGAGAGGAAGCAGAGGACCCGCUGUCCCUCCACGACAUGAUUUACACCUCGCAGACCAGUGUGGCGGCGACUGGCAUUGGCAUUGGCAUUGACCCCGCGGUGGGAGGCGGCGCAGGGUUCCGGAACCUGCGGGUCGCUGAUGCAGUGAGGCGCUUUGCCUGUCCGCUGUGCCAUUACAAGACGGCCAGGAAGGACCUGCUGGAGGGCCACGUGCGCACCCACACCGGAGACAAACCGUUCUCCUGCCCGCAUUGCCCCUACCAAUCCGCCGACAGGAGCAACCUUCGCCGCCACCGUCAGAAGAGCCACGAAGGUACCACUAACGCCGCCCACGCCCACCAGCAUCCGUUACCUGCACAUCCACAUUGGCAGUAG